UCUUUCCCGCCAAGAGAUUCGCCAUGGAUCCCGGCGCGAGCUUUCCUUCCUCCACGAGCCAGAGACCUUCUCACAUCACAUACCAUUCGCUGAUGUGGUUUAUUUUCUGUUUUCAGAUUUCAAGAACCCUAACAACAGCACAGAGAGGGAGAGAAUUAUUCAAAUGACGCAGGACGGUUACUUCCCAAUGUCUACCUCGGAAAUCUCGCUCAGAUCCGCCCACGUUCCUUGUCUCGCAUCUUACGCUUUGCGUGUCAGCAAAAAAGAUCUUCUUCGCGUCCACUAGCUCCUCCUCCAUCUUUACAAGGCGCUCGUACGCUUUCACACUCGCGAUCAUAUGCUCCGAUCGUGUUUUCCCGCCGGAUUUCGCGCGAGCCCGGGCUGAAUAAAGAGACGGAUCUUCCUUUCCCGUUUCGUUGCUAUCUUCGAUUUCGUCGAUUUGGUAGAGAAUCGAGCUGAAAAGGGCGAGAUUCAUCUGGAACUGGUUCUGCGAUUCGUCUCCAGUUCAGUGUGAAGGGGUGAGAAUGUCGGGUUUCAAAACGGAGGCGGUUGUUUGUCAUGAUCCGAACGAGUCAGAGUUAAACUCUUUUGACGAUGAUAAUAGUAAAAACGUCGUCUUCAAGAUUCUGGAUGAAAUCCAUGAGGAAGAUAAGGGUUCUGUAAGCAAUGUAUCCAGAAAAACCGAACUCAGAGGCUUAAGCGAAAGGUUUCUCAGAUGGAGAAGAUCACAUCUUCCAGUUGAUGGAGAUCACAAACGUGUGAGAGGGUCCGGAAAACGGUCUGGACCGCUCUUGUCUGGGACAGCUUACUGUAUCUCUUCCUGCAGCAUGAUAAUAAUCAACAAAAUAGUUCUCUCGAGCUAUAACUUCAAUGCGGGAAUCUCAUUGAUGUUCUAUCAAAACUUAAUCAGCUGUUUGGUGGUAGCUGUACUAGAUUGUUGCGGAGCAGUUUCUGUGGAGAAACUUAACUGGAAGCUGAUCAAAGUUUGGAUCCCAGUCAAUGUUAUCUUCGUGGGCAUGUUGGUUUCAGGAAUGUACAGCUUGAAAUACAUAAACGUCGCUAUGGUGACUAUUCUGAAGAAUGCGACCAAUAUAAUUACAGCGAUAGGGGAAUUAUAUAUGUUCCGGAAACGACAGAACAAUAAAGUUUGGGCUGCAAUGUUCAUGAUGAUCAUCUCUGCGAUUAGCAGUGGCAUCACUGAUCUCACAUUCGAUUCAGUAGGAUACACGUGGCAGAUCGCCAACUGCAUUCUAACUGCAAGCUACUCACUCAUCCUUCGACGAGUAAUGGACAAAGCAAAGCAGUCAACAAGAUCUGGCUCCCUCAAUGAAGUAUCCAUGGUUAUCCUGAAUAAUCUGCUGUCACUGCCUUUUGCUGUCAUGUUGAUCAUCUUGCUUGGCGAGUGGAGAUACGUAAUAACCACGGAUGUGAUAAGAGUUCCAAUGUUUUGGGUGGUGGCCACAGCCAGUGGGUUCCUUGGACUGGCCAUCAGCUUCACCUCAAUGUGGUUCUUGCAUCAAACUGGACCUACCACUUACAGUCUUGUAGGUUCAUUAAACAAGGUUCCAAUCUCCAUAGCUGGUCUUGUACUGUUCAAAGUCCCUCUCAGCCUCCCCAACUUGUUCAGCAUUCUUUUCGGUCUUUUCGCCGGAAUAUUUUUCGCCAGAGCUAAAAUGUCAUGAGCUAAAACGUCUUCUCCGUGGAGGGAAUUACACGAAGAAAACUUGUGCUGUUGUUUUAUACACGAUAUCUCCCUUACAAAGUCGAUUGUAUUCUACCCGGCGAUUUUAAAAAUCGUCUUCAAGAAACAGGCGGGGUGGAACAGGGGAGAGAUUUCUCUUGUUCAUCUACUUUUGUUUGAUUUCGGCCAAAGGGCGUUUUUAUUAAAAAAAAAACACUUAUAUUCUAGAUCGAUUUUGUUUUUUUUUAGUUUUUAUUUAUUAUUUGGAAUUAGUUAAAUAUA